AUGGACGAUGAGGAGCUGCAGCAGAGAUGCGAUGUGACUUUAGAUGAUGACAGUCUGCUGGAAGAAGACAAGAUUGAACAGAUUGAACAGAUAGUCGACGAGUUUUAUGGCACUAAGAACUGGUCUACAAGUGACAAAGAGCGGUUGGUACUCGAUAUUUUAUGGACUCAUCGAAACAAACGUACUCAGAAUAUCAAAGCCAAGUCGGCCUCGACGGCUAGUGUCGCGAAUAGUCGACGAGUAACUGCCAAAGUUGUUCAAACCACUAUCUCCAAGCCACUAAUAAACCCACCACCUUCGGAUCCCUCGAAAUUAGAGCCUCGAAAACCUAUCGACCUGGGAAAUGGGUUUCAUAAUGCUGGUACCAGAUCCUCACCAUCUCCCCAGACUACCGCCGUGAGUCAUGGAGAGGGAGGUGCCAAUGGUGCUAAUGGCGGUGCUAAUGGAAAUAGUAACGCUAAUGCUAGUGUUAAUGGUGAGAAGUCGGAUAUUUCUCAGCAGGGAGCCAUGUCUCCCUUUGAUAUUCUACGAAGUAUUCUUGGAGAAGAAAACACUGACGAGCAAAUCCAUCACGCUUUGCAAAAGUCAGAGUUUGAUAUUCAGGCCACUUUGAGUUUACUGAUGUCGAAAUCUGGUGAUGAGUCCACAGACGAUUCUGACAUUACUUCCUCUACACCAGCUUCUUCUGCUGGUGGUCAAAGUACUGGCACCGAUGUUGAUUCUGCCGUGGUAAAGAUGGUCCCAGAAAGAACUACAAGUUCUUCUCCUCAAACCUCUGGUGUUUCAGUUUAUCCUAGAACAGAUUCUACUUUCACACCUGCCAAGCCAGUAGUCCACUCCAAUAACCCAUUUAUCUCGUCUAUUCCACAUGUUGUAGAGAUAACUACUCCUGGUCAGGAGAAGGUCAUGUGCAAGUACUUUCUGCAGUUUGGAGAGUGUCUUCGGGCUGACUGUAAAUACAGCCACGAUCUGUCGUCGAGAAUCUGUAGAUUUUGGCUAAGAGGAGAGUGUCUUGCCGGUGACAAUUGUGUGUUCCUUCACGAGGUUCCUCAAGAACUCCUCGACAAAUGGUCAUUAUCCGACGGCCCCAAUAGCCAAACAGGUCUAUCAGCAGCAGCUGUUGCUCCACAGAAAGUGACCUUAACUGAAGAUGAAUUUCCAGCAUUAGGGGCACUUGGAGGAACAUCGAAAAAGAAACAAACAUCAGCGCCAGCACCAACACCCGCUAUUACAGCUCCCAAACCAAGUCCAUGGGGUGGCGGACAGUUUCAAUUCAAACCACCUACAGCAUUCACACCCAGCCGUCAGCUAGAAAACAACGAGUUUGUGCCAAGAAUCGGGUCUGAACCUGUGAGUUCGUCACCCUCACCAGGUCCCAAUAUCCCAGUCAGCACACCACCCAAGCCUUCGACAGGUUCUCUACCCAAAGUAAUCAAACCCCUUAACAAACUUAAUCGGUCUGUUGUGGCUAUUAACAUGCCACGGUCAAUUCCCUGGGUCGUUCCCGAAACGAACCCUGGUUAUGAAGAGUACUUAUCGUACCGACUGGCCGCCUUGAGACAGGGCGAAAUGAGGAACAAGUACCUACAAUUAGCAGCCGACAGAUGGAAUAAAAACGAUGCUGCUGGUGCCAGUGCACUAAGUAAAAAGGGCCAGAAACACAACUCCGAGAUGAUAGAUUCGUACAUGAUGGCAUCAGACCUUUUAUACGAACUCCGCCACGAGUCUCCCAACAGCGAGAUCUUUAUCGACCUCCACGGAAUGGAUCUUGACGAGUCCGUUGACAGACUGCACGAAGUGCUCUGCGAGAUCGAAGAGUCGGAAAAAGACCAGCCACGGCCCGUCUACGCCAUCUGCGGAGCAGGUCACCACCUGUCACACUCUAAAAAGGCUGUCGACGACAAACUGUCCAAACACGUCAAAGAGUUCCUCGACACCAAGGGCUACGAGUGGAAAGACUUCAAAACGACCGAAAAACGGUUCGGCAAAAUCAUCGGCAUCGACCCGUGGUCGCACAUAUAA